AUGUUCACGCGCACCAUCGUCGCCGCAGCAGCUUCUGCCUGCCUUGCUGCUGCUCAGAGUUCGGACUCGGAACAUACACACGCUGCUUUCGCUUUUGUUCGAACGGGAGAGAGAACACCUAUUCUACGCAAUGAUACCCAGAUCCUCACCACUGUCGGCGCAACCCAAAUGCAUGCGCUAGGGCAGAAGCUCAGAUCAAAAUAUGUCACUGGUGCCGGAUCCAUCGCGGGUGUGUCAAAGGACGUUCUGGACAACGAUCAGAUUUGGGUUCAAACGUUGGAUACGCCGUACCUCGUAUCAUCUGCCCAAGCGUUCAUGCAGGGGCUCUACCCACCACAGGAAGCUAGCAAUGCAACGGAAGUGCUCGCAGAUGGCACUUCUGUCGACUACCCGCUCAACGGAUAUCAGUAUGCUAGCAUCCACGCUGCCAGCCCCAACGACCCGUACUCGAGACUCGUAUCUGGAACAUUAUCUUGCCCUCAAGGACAGGCAGACGGACUGAAGUAUUUCACUACUCCAGAAUUCAAGGCGGCGAAGGGAGCCAACGAAGAUCUAUACAAGAAGCUGAAAGUGGAUUGGUUUGAAGGCUUCGCCGAGCAAGAUGACUUGUCUUACACCUUCGCACUUGAACUCGCAGAUUACCUGUCAUACCAAUACGCGCACAACUCUAGCAUCUACAAAGUCUUGGCAAACGACUCCGACUAUGCAGGUGUAUAUGACAAACUGCGAUACAAUGCCGACGAAGUAGCCUGGUAUCUCUACGGAAACACUUCCGCAUCUACUGCAGACUCCGACGACCGAGCUAUCGGUGGCAAAACACUCGCAGGCUCAAUCCUUCACUCAUUCAACCAACUCCUCCCAGAAAAGACAGGCAGCGAGAAUUUGAUUAACAACGCUGGGCAGACCAACAAGCCCAGCCCGCUUACCUUCUUCUUUGGCGAACAGGACGCCAUGGUGAGCCUCAUGUCACUCAUGAUGCUCGACUCCCAAUCACCCGGCUUCAAAUCCAUUCCCCCUUACGGCUCAGCCAUGAUCUUUGAGCUUUUCAGUACAGGCGAUAGCGCGGAGAUGCCCAGUGAUCCCAACGACCUCUGGGUACGCUUCUAUUUCCACAAUGGAACAGACUCUGACAACGAGCCACUCCGGUCAUACUCCAUGUUCAACAGCGGGAGGUCGAUGACAGACAUGCCGUAUGGGGAAUUCUACACUAUACUGAGCACUAUCGGCAUGCAAGGAUUGAGUGACUGGUGCAAAAGCUGCAGCAGUCCAAGUCUUUUCUGUAUCGGCGCCGAUGGAAGCGGUGUAACGCUUGUAGUUCCCACACCACAAGAACGACCGAAGAAGGAUGCCAUUUCCCCUGUCGUUGGAGGCAUCAUCGGCGCGGUUGUUUCUCUCGUCGUAGCCGGUCUACUCUUCGCAUUCGCCAUGUUACUCGCUGGCAUCCGCUUCCAUCGGGUUGAACAACGUCUUGGUCACAGUCCGAAAUCAGAGUUCGGUGGCUUCAAAGGAUCUGCAAAGUUGGCAUCAGAUCCUGAUGUUAGUCUGUCGAGAAACGCGGUACCGCCAGCUACUGCUACAGCAGGUAUCGUUAGCUUUGGUGGAGACCAUAAGAGGGGACAUGAAAGGGUUGGGAGUUGGGAACUCAGACAGAAGGAGUUUGGUAAGGAUAUUGGGGAGGCGAGUCCGAGAAGCAGUUUCGAGGCGAUUGAUGCUGUUGCCACGAGAGGGGUUGAGUCGCAUGACCGUGUGUAA